AUGCCUACCAUUUACGGCUUGGAGGUACCAGAGCACCGCAAGCAGCUUAGUUUGCUCUGCUGCUUGGGUCUGCUUCUUUCAUGGCAUUUUUCUCUUCUGCUGCCAGUGGACGCAAAAUGCCCCCCGCCAACGAUGAUAAAACCGUGCGUUUGUACGUCAAGCGCGGGACACCCUAUGCGCGUAAACGUAACGUGCAUGCAUGUGAGAACGUGGAAGCGGGUAAAGAUGGUUGCCAGCUGGUUCCUGCAAAACCAUGUCGUCCAGAGAUUCUACGUCGAACGGCUGUUGGACAAUUACGACCGAACCACUAAUGGCAUUUUCUCUCAUCUCAAAAUAGAAGAGUUGAUUCUGACUCAUUGUCACCUGCCAAAACGCAGCAUGAAGUUCUUUGGAAGCGUGAAUGUGUUUUCGCUUGUGCUGGAAAAACUACAACUCAGCCGGGUCCCUCGUCGACUGUUGUCCACGGUUGAGGGGCUCUCUGAGCUACAUCUGAUCGGCAACAGGAUUAGGAUCAUUAGGCCAAGAGAUCUGCGAUUCGGAAAUGACAGACUGGUUUUGCUCGACCUGACGAGCAACCGACUGGCUGCUGUUCCCACCGAUGCCCUACGAUUGCUGUCUCAUCUGGAAAUACUCGUUCUCAGCUACAACGAAAUUCAAGCGCUGCCGAAGUACUGCUUCGCUGGUCUCACGAAUCUUAUUGCAUUAGAGCUGAGUCACAACCCGAUACGGAUAGUGUCAACUUUCACAUUUCUUCCGUUGGUGCGCCUCCGACACCUUGGCAUUGCCGAAAUGCCGAUCUCCUCUUGGUCAAAUGCUUUGAGGUACUUAUCUAAGACAGUGACCUCGCUGGAUGUAAGCAACUCGUCCACCACCGCUCUUGCGGACUUGCCCAGCCACAUACAUGCAAACAUGGAAUCGCUUGUCGUUCAACAAGGAGGCGUCUAUGGUCUUCCAGCAGAACUGACCUCUUUGGUAGAUCUUGACUUCAAGGCAAACCAUGGCUUCAGUGAAUGGAUUGCGAAUUGCUCAAUUCUCUUUCUCAACGUCGUUCAUCUUGAUGCCUCUGAGUCGGACUUCAGUCUGAAUUCGCUCGCCAAGUUUCCAAACGUAGAAACCGCGUUGCUAGACUAUAGUCUGACUCGACAUUUGACGAAAGAUACGUUUGACGUAAACCGGAAACUAACGGCGCUUCGCAUCAGUGGUUGUAAUUUGAAGUCAGUUAACCGUCUGACCUUUUGGAACCUUCGGUGGACGCUGAGGGAAGUGGACCUGAGUCUGAACUCGCUUCGAGGCUUGAGCUGGAAAGUGUUUUAUCACAUGCGUGUAUUGGAAAGCAUCGAUUUGUCAUACAACCUUUUUCGGGUAAGAACUGUCCGUGCACAUGGCACACAACGCCGAAGAUAUCCUCUGAACAAACGAAUGUUCGGUCGCUUUGCGGCGCACGCACUGAAACGCAUCUCUUUGGUAAGCAUCUCCCUCCCAGAGGUACCGAGUCGUUUCUUACGACAUCUCUCGAACUUGGAAUAUCUAAACCUUGCGGGCAACGAGAUUCGUCACCUCCGUCUCGAGUUGCUCCCUCUUCACAAACUGGUGAGUUUAAAUCUGAAUAAUAACGAAAUCUCGUCGAUCGACCCUCGCGCCUUCGACAGCUUGCUAAAGUUGAAACACCUGAAUCUGGCCUCGAACCGUAUCGGCAGACUUCGCUCCGUUCGUUUCCCGUUAUUCCUUGAAGAGUUAUACCUGGCGCGUUCAAUCCUCUCUUCUUUCGACAACCUUGGCCUGUCGCAGUUGCGUCACCUGCGGUUCCUUGACGUAAGUCACAACCGUAUCUCCCAACCGAACGUCGACCUUCUUAGCGGCUCCUCUCAUUCGUUGCUGUAUCUUGAUUUAUCUGGUAAGCAACAUGCUUUCUUAAGUCAGCAGCUUGACACUUGA